CUCAAAAAAAAAUUGAAUAAAAAACGAAGUUAAUAGGAUUCUUUUUUGUUGAUCUUUCCCAUGAGCAAAGCAUGAGGUAAGAUCACAGAAGCUCAUCAUCAUUCUUUCAACUCAUUUUAUGCUUCUGUGGUUUUGAUUUUUCCUCUUACAUUUCAGCUUUCCUGGUUUCUUCAAGUGCCAAUAUGCAAAAAGGAAUUCAAGCAAUUUUUUCUCAUGGGAGUGUCCUCAAGAUGGCGGUCUUAAGACAUGCCCGUUUGGGCAGUCCGAUGGUGAACCAGCUUGUGUUUGCUCGUCGCGAGUCAACAACUUCAGCUGUUCGCAUGGAAGAGCACGGGUUCGAAAGCACCACCAUCUCUGACGUCUUGAAAUCUAAGGGCAAAGGUGCAGAUGGAUCAUGGCUGUGGUGCACCACAGAGGAUUCUGUCUAUGACGCUGUGAAGUCGAUGACUCACCACAAUGUAGGAGCAUUGGUGGUGGUGAAACCCGGGGAAGAGAAAUCAAUUGCUGGGAUUAUCACCGAAAGAGAUUACCUCAGGAAAAUCAUAGUACAAGGGAGAUCAUCAAAAUCCACAAAGGUUGGAGACAUUAUGACUGAAGAGAAUAAGCUCAUCACUGUCACGCCUCACACCAAGGUUCUGAAGGCCAUGCAGCUGAUGACAGAGAACCGUAUUAGGCACAUCCCGGUCAUUGACGACUCAGCGAUGGUGGGGAUGGUGUCGAUUGGAGACGUGGUUCGUGCCGUGGUGAGCGAGCACAGGAACGAGCUGAACCGACUCAAUGAGUUCAUUCAAGGAGGCUACUAGCUAGCUAGUGCUUGUUAUUGUUGUUGAUGACGACGAUAAUGAAUCCCAAAUAAAUCAACCAUGAUGAGAUUAAACCAAUAUUAAUAAUGCUUUGGAGUUUGC